AUGUUGAGACACUGUAUCCCGAGAACAGUGCUCUGCCGGCCGCGCCUGCUCUCUGUCAGAUACCUGUCUGAGCGAGUAGACGAGGCCGAUACGGCGAACGGCGACGACACCCCGCCGUAUGCGUCCGACGAGCCGCUGCCAUGGGAAAAGGUCCCCGAGGAGGAACAUAUCGUACUCAAGCCCACGGCCCAGAAAAAAUCCAAGCUCACCAACAUCAAGGAGACGCUGGAGAGCGGCCGGGCAAAAAACCGGCUUGACAUGAUCGAGUUCGAGAAGGGGCUGAAAAAUCUUAUGGUGUUUAAGAUCCCGUCCACAGACAACCAGCUAUUCAAGGACCUGGACAAUUUGCAGCCACGGAAUAGCGCCAUUUCGCUAAAGGCGUACGCUGAGCUGCAAACAAAACUGGUCAAGGGCUACCAAAAAGCACAACUUUUAGAAUACAUUGGCUACAAGCACGUUUCUCCUCCAGCUGCCUAUUCCACCAAAAAGAAACUCGCCCAGUUCAUCAUCCAAAAAUGCUGGGAUGUGGCUAUUUCCGAGGACUCGCCCGUCGAGGUGCUCAAACAGGCGGACAUCACGCUGCAGAGCAAGAAAGAGGCGUUUUUGCUGCUUUCGCACGCCGGCUACCUCAUGCAGUCGUGGACUAGGCUCGGCGCUCGGCUCGAGCUCAACCGCGGUCUCUCGCGUUUCACGGUGCGCGGCAACGAGGAGCUUGUGAACUUUGUCCAGGCCUCAUGGAACUACCUGUUGAAUCACGUGAGCACGUCCGUGGCCCAUCUCAACGAACUGGCCUCGUUCUACACCCACAAACUGCACCGGCACAUGCCCAUUGCGGAGCUUCAGAAACUCAGCAACGUGUACUUCGAGGAGAUCAACAGACAAGACAAGCUGUUCCAGCUCAGCACGUUCAAUCCGGCCAAUUUGCAGCUGGCCAAGUCGCUGCUACUGGCAGCCACAGACUUUUCUGCCACCUCUCACAAACAUAUCGACGUUUCCGGCGCUUCCACGGAGUACAAAAAACUGUACCAGGACUCUUCGCUGCCAUGGUGGGCUGCUGGCCCGCUGUACCGGUACGAGGUGCCGCAGAAACGGCUCCGCGAGUCCUCUUUUGAGGACUAUUCUGACCCCGAGUCGCUGGCGAAGGAGGUCGACCAGCUGCGGUCUGAGGUGGCCGAGGCCGCGGACAAGUUCCAGUACAACUUCCUGGACCAGAAACACGAGACAAAGCCAUUUUCUCCGGCCGAGAUCUCGGUGCCCGACUCGUCUGCUCCGUGGUUGGCCAAGAGCCGGGAAAUCUACUCCACGCUGACUCCGGAGGUGCAAAAAGGCGAAACAUGGCUUCCCAGAACGUUCAACGCGACGUUCGGCAAGCUUCUGUUUGACGAAAGUGCCGCUAGCGCUGGCUUCUUCCACGCCAACCUGCCCCAGAUCAAUAAAAAAAUUGGCAUGCUCAACUUGUACGACAAAAACGCACGCUUUUUCGGUGUCGCCGGAGGCAUCAUAAACAACUUCGAGCACUCGCUACAGGUCAAGCUGGUGCCCGACGCGUACGGAAAUUUCAGCAACUUCACCACGCUGCCCAACGUCGAGAUAUGGUUCCAGAUCUCAAAAAAUAGAGUCAACCUGUCGUCCUGCAGCAUUUACGUGAACGAGAACGAGGUAAGUUGCGCAUUGGCGCUUCCCGAGCUCCACAACGACGUCAUGUUCCAGUCCACGUGCAACUCGGUUCUCCUGGACGGCUCCAACCCCUACGACCCGGGCCUGCCGUCCCAGAAACCGCUGCAAAACGUGAUCAACUCGCUCUCCUCGAACCUGCUGGAUAUGUCCGACACCAGCGCUCUCAACCGGCUCGUAAACACCCUGGUGUCGCGCAAGAUCCCGAUCCGGCUCGCCAAGAACCAGGAGCCGGCCGAUUACCUCGUCACGGCCAUCAACAGACGCAGGUCAAUCGAGCUGGACUUCGACGGCUGCCACCUGAUAUACGACGUGGUUUCGAACGGAAAAAACGAGCGGUUCGAGGCGUCGCUGCUGGCGCCCGAAACAGAGCACGAAAUGGACCCGGCGAGCUUCGACAGGUUCGCCAAGACCGUCCACCAGUUCCUCCUCUACAUCCAAUAG